AAGCAUACUAUCCGAGUCAACGUCGACUUCCCAACUUUGUCUCUUUGCAUAACUUCGCCGUCUUCAUAUCGCCAUCUGCCCUUGGACUGGUCACUGCCCUGCAUCGCCCUUGAUGUGGCUCACGAUUGCACGCGGCAGGCAGGGUUCAAUAUUUUAUGGCCGUCGUACCGCCGCUAAUUGGCGUCAUGAUACCGUAAACGCUCUGGCCUCGCCCUGACCACCACUGCGCGCGGAGGGGACAUGGGAAAGUUCACCAUUCAUCGAAGAACGUAAAACAACGAGCUUCAAGUCUCGUCGUACGACACCCUCCUCCGCCCUGCCCUCAAAUUCCUCUCUUCGGUGCCUCUACUAGUCGUUCCGCAGCCAUGGGCCUCUCUCAGUCGAAGUUCAACCCUGCCAACCUCCCAGACCUCUCGGGCAAGGUUAUCGUCAUCACGGGCGGCGCAGCAGGCCUGGGAUUCGCGAUAACUCAGCACCUCGUGCGCAAAGGCGCGAAAGUGUACAUCGCGGCGCGCCCAGUUGACCGCGCGGAGGAUGCUAUCAAAAGGUUGAAGGCUGCAGGGCUCGGUCCGGGGAAUGGUCAGCUCGAGAGCUUGGAGCUCGACUUGAUCGACCCGCAUUUCGUGAAGAGGGCGGCGGAGGAGUUCAUGCAGAGGGAGAAUCGGUUGGAUGUGUUGAUCAACUGCGCUGCCAUCAUGAUGUGCCCAUACCAAAAGACAAACUAUGGAAUUCAAGAUGUCGUCAUGGUCAACCACAUUGGUCACUUCGUCUUCAUCAAGACUCUUCUGCCUAUCCUCAAGAAAACCGCGAGUGAGCCGAACAGUGACGUCCGAGUAGUGGUUGUCUCCUCUGAUGGAUACGACGCGAUCCGGCACGAUGUCAGCUUGAAGACAAUUGAAGACUUCAAUCCGGAGUACAAGGACGCCGUCUUCCCUUGGCCCUCACUCCAAAGAUAUUGCUUCAGCAAGCUCCUCGUAUGUAUGCAGGUAGUCCAAUGGCAGCGAUACUUCGACGAAAUGGACCUCCCCAUCAUCAUCCUAUCCACGCAUCCAGGCGCUGUCAACUCGGACGGCGCGCAGAAAUGGCUUGCCACGCUCGGCACGGGAUUCCUCGCGACACUCGCGACCUGGAUUAUCAGCCUUUUCUUUACGUUCCCCGCAAUCGCGGCGUAUGGCACUGUCUUCGCUGCGGUCGCCCCCGAGGUGCGUGCGGAGCCCCGGAAGUAUCGCGCAACGUAUAUAACGCCGCCGACGAAAAAUACUGGGCUGAAUGCGAGGGCGCGCGACCCCGUGGCUAGCAAGGAUCUGUGGGAUUUGACGCAGAGAACGUUGGAAGAUAUUGGCGUGUAGACUUGCUUAUAUUGUGUCGGGUGUACUUCUUGAUCAUGGCUGGCUUAUAGAGCGAAACUGCUACGCGUGCUUGUAUUAUACGGUGUCGACGUUACAGGACUUACAGUAAGUACAUGGUUAUAGCAAACCUCUUGGACAACUGUACCGUGAGUACUCACACAUAUGAUGAUG